AUGAGUAAGCAGAACCCUUCAAUUGAUUAUGAAGAUUUGGAGUCUGAAUUCGAUCAUGCAGAUGAAACAGAAACUGCCAUCGAUGCCGCUGCAGAAAGAAAACGUCGACUUGAGCGUGGUGAUGAGCUGUGGAAGAAACCACAUCUUGAAAAAGUCGCUUCUAAUCGAGGCAAAGCGAGAAAUUUAUUUGACGAUGAACAUUCUCGCGUUGAAAAACAUAAGCGUCGUUUGAUGACCUUAGAUGUCUAUUCACGGCACAAAGAGCUCAUAAAUCAAUAUUAUUUGUUCUAUCCAGGGGCUACAUCAAUACUGCAAAGAGACACAUCAAGAGAUCGAACUGAUUAUGAUGUUCUGAAAAGUAACCACAGAUUUCUUUGGAAUGAUGAAGAGUUAGCAAAAGCAGCUGAAAAAUCUUGGGAAGCUCGCUUAGCUAAACGUUAUUACGACAAACUUUUCAAAGAAUAUUGCAUCGCCGAUCUUUCUCACUACAAAAAAAACAAGUACCCAUUAAAAAUAGCCAUGAGAUGGCGAAUUGAAAAAGAAGUCAAAUCAGGAAAGGGUCAGUUCGAGUGUGGGAAUAAAAAGUGCAUGGAGAAAGAAAACCUCACUAGUUGGGAAAACAAUUUGAAGAAAAAUGCGCUUGUCAAGUUACGUCUUUGUCCUAAUUGUUCAAGUAUGCUUAAUUACCAUUCUCAGAAGAAAAAACUGGAAAAGAAAUCCAAGUAUAGACCUAAAAGAUUGUGUCAAAAGAAGAGACAAGAAGAAACUAAAUCUCCAGAGGAAAAAACUCUUUUACAAAUGGAGGGUCCUGUGCCUACUGAGGAGCAUUGUGAAGAAAACAAAAAAGAGGAUCCUGAAGUAUUGAGCAAGAAUUUAAUAGAAAUCUGGAAAAAACCUGCUGAAGAACAUAAUUCUGAAAAAGCUGAUGAGCAAGAGCUGGAUGCUUUUUUGGACGAUAUGUUACUGUAA